UCUCUCUGUGUCUCUCUCUCUCUCUUUCUCUCUUCCCAGACAGCAAUCUCCUGGUACUCAGAAAGAUGGGAAGUGGGGAGCCUAAUCCUGCUGGUAAGAAAAAGAAGUACCUAAAGGCUGCUCUAUACGUGGGUGACUUGGAUCCAGAUGUCACUGAAGACAUGUUAUAUAAGAAGUUCAGACCUGCUGGCCCUCUGCGUUUCACCAGAAUCUGUCGUGACCCUGUGACCCGCAAUCCUCUGGGCUAUGGCUAUGUUAACUUCCGUUUUCCUGCUGAUGCAGAGUGGGCACUGAACACCAUGAACUUUGAUUUGAUUAAUGGCAAACCAUGCCGCCUUAUGUGGUCUCAGCCAGACGACCGCUUAAGAAAAUCUGGAGUUGGAAAUAUAUUCAUCAAAAACCUGGACAAAUCCAUAGACAAUAGGGCCCUUUUUUAUUUAUUUUCUGCUUUUGGCAACAUUCUCUCCUGCAAAGUCGUAUGUGAUGAUAAUGUUUCUAAGGGUUAUGCCUAUGUUCACUUUGACAGCUUAGCUGCGGCCAAUCGGGCCAUCUGGCACAUGAAUGGAGUAAGACUUAACAACCGCCAGGUGUAUGUUGGCCGAUUCAAAUUUCCAGAAGAAAGGGCAGCUGAAGUAAGAACCAGGGAUAGAGCAACUUUCACCAAUGUUUUCGUUAAAAACUUUGGAGAUGAUAUGGAUGACGAAAAACUGAAGGAGAUUUUCAGUGAAUAUGGGCCAACUGAGAGUGUUAAGGUAAUAAGGGAUGACUUUGGGCAGUCUAAAGGCUUUGGAUUUGUGAGAUAUGAAACGCACGAGGCAGCCCAAAAAGCUGUGCUAGACCUCCAUGGAAAAUCCAUUGAUGGGAAAAUCCUAUAUGUAGGGCGAGCACAGAAGAAAAUUGAACGCCUGGCUGAAUUAAGACGAAGAUUUGAACGGUUAAGAUUAAAAGAAAGAAGCCGGCCUCUGGGGGUGCCAAUCUAUAUUAAGAACCUAGAUGAGACCAUUGAUGAUGAAAAACUGAAGGAGGAAUUUUCUUCCUUUGGAUCAAUUAGCCGAGCCAAAGUUAUGCUGGAAGUAGGGCAAAGCAAAGGGCUUGGGGUCAUUUGCUUCUCUUCCUUUGAGGAGGCAACCAAAGCAGUGAAGGAGAUGAAUGGUCGUAUAGUGGGCUCUAAACCAGUGCAUGUCACCCUGGGCCAAACCAGGCGCAGGUGGUGAGAAAAAGAAUUUUCUUUGUUUCAGCCUUAAACUGAUGCCUGCUUAGUUUGGGCUACUUUGUGAUAAGAGUUUAUUUUAUGCCAAACCCAGUUUGUUUGCUUUUUUUAAGUGGAUGCUUUCUUUUGGAAAAAAAAAAAAACUAGAAGACUUUGUUUGUUUUAGUGAAGAACAUAAUUUCUAAUUUUAAAAUUGUCAUUUUGUACUAUUUUUUAUAUAAUAUCCUUAGGAAUUCUUAAAAUAAAGUUUAUUCCUCCACUCAUUUUUCUGAAAAAUAGUCAAUACUAUAGAUAAGUAUAUUUCCUUCCUUAUUUCAGAAAUAAGACCAUACUUAGUUACUUCUAUAAAAAUGUUAUCAAAAUGAAUUUUAGGAAUAUAUCACAGUGAAAGCAUUUAGUUUGCUUUAAAAAUGUCAUUGGGGGUAUGUAUAUUAUCCAAUUUACAUUUUUGCAUAAUUUCAUUUUAAAUUACUAUUUAAAAUUGAUAUACUUUUAAAAACAUGUUUUCCUCUUCCCUUUAUUUAUGAUUUUAAUAAUAUAUUAUUAUUAUCUUUAUUUGGGGGCCACACCUGGCAGUACUCAGGGUUUACUCCUGGCUCUAU